AUGGAUGACCUGCAAACCUUUAUACACUUUAGUAUCGCAGAUUAUAAGCACGAACCUGAAAUCCAGGCCUUGUACGCUUCGAUGCAAGUAAUCCACCUGACACCGAGAGACCGCCCACCACAAGCGCUAAUUGCUCCCUUUGUAGGACCAGCUCUAGUCCCCCAGUCUCUGGUUCCCACUCCCUCCUUCUUCCACAUCCGGGGCAUUAGAAACGACAAAGUUGUUCAAGACUGUCCCCUGACGGAUUUGAUUUACGAUGUCCCACGACUGAUUGUCUUUCUCACCGAGGGAACCCCGCUUCCACCAGGCACGGUCAUUCUCACAGGAACACCUCCUGGAGCAGGUGUGGCGAAGAAAGCCAGGCCGGGCUAUCUCGUUAUUGACUCUGCUGAUGUCUUUGUCGAACUUACAGGAUCAAUACUGAAGCAGCGAAGAAGAUGUACAAGCACAUACCAAACCCCAACCUCCAUGAGUCUGCAGAGCCCAGAGACCUCGCGAUAA